AUGGGAUACACGGACGUCUCGUCCAGAUAUCAGCUUCAGCCCGGACGAAAAUGUUCGCAAGCUGCCAAUCAGUGCUCAGACCGCAAGAUGAACUCAUGCGAUGAGAAUGCGGACUGCGUCCAACUACCUGAUGGCUAUACUUGUAAAUGUUUCGCUGGUUAUGUGGACGUGUCAUCCAAUGCGAAUCUCGAACCAGGACGAGUUUGUACACUCAGCACUGUUUGCCCUGUACAAGCCACCGAUCUCGUAUUCCUCAUUGACGGCUCUGGAUCCAUCGGAUCGUAUAUCUUCCAGACUGAGGUAUUACGAUUCCUAGCCGAAUUCACUGAACUUUUUGACAUAGCUCCAGACAAAACACGAGUGUCGGUCGUUCAAUAUUCCGACCAAAUACGGCACGAGUUUGGGCUGAACGAUUACAAAGACAGUCGUUCGCUUCAAGACGCCAUCAAGAACAUUGAGUGA